UUUGAUAAACGCUAAUUAAUAAAUGGAGACUCCAAGGAUCCUGACAAAUGACCAGAAUUGGGCCAAGCAGCUUAUAGAGUUGAACUUCAUUCUUGUUGGAAUGGAGAUUAUCGGUGCUGGCUAUAGAGCCACAAUGGAACCAGAAUCUAUGGAGAUAGUUUACCUGAUCUUUCUCUCCUUAGUCCCAAGUAUCAUGAUGCAUGCAAAUCGGAAUCUGCUAAACUGGAGUUUAUACAGAUGGUUUGCUAAGAUUGCCAGUACUGCCCAGCUUGCUGCUAUCUUCAUUGCAGCUUUGGUCUAUGUCCUUACACAUGAAGAUGUUGAGAGCUUAUUUGAGCUAGUCCCGUUCUUGUUAUACUUCACUUCUUUUAUCGCUAUUCCUGUCACUGUACUACUAAUCAUGAACUCGUUCCAAGUCAGACCCAGAUUGGUAUAUCUCAUGAUGGAUCCCAAGCGUAUUACUCCACUAGUAGGUGACCUUAGAUCCUCCGGAUCUAUGGUCACAGGCCAUGGAUUCCAGAACUAUCUAGUCUAACUCUCCAAAUCUUUAUCAAUACCUUUUGUCACCUGUCUUAUC